AUGGGGAUGCUGGAGGAGAAGGGAGCUGGGGGGGCUGCCGUCGCGGAUUUCACCCCGCCGUCCGCUCUCUGCCUCGCGGCCCCGCUCCGCCAGCUGUUCCAACUCUUUCGGAGAUGCCCACCGCCGCCGGGGCAGGCGGGACCCCCCGCAGGGGGUCACUUGGCAGCAGACGUCCUUCCAACUCUGAGCCCCAGCCAGUUCUUCAGAAGUCUGACCCACAGGGGCAGGGUUCACGCGGGUAUGCUCACCUCUGCCAGCGCCCGGCGUGUGGGGCUCGCCCCACGAGUCCAGGCCGCCCAACCAGGAAGGCCAGAGUAG